AUGGAGCCGAGAACGGGGCCUCGCCACCGCUUCUCGCGGCAGCAGCUAGGUCGCCCAGGCGGCGGCGGACCGGACCGCAUCAGCGCCCUACCCGACGACCUGCUACUCCUCGUCCUCGCCGGCCUCCACUGCACGCGCGCAGCCGCCCGCACCGGCGUCCUCUCCCGCAGGUGGCGCGGCCUUUGGGCCCGCCUCCACCAGAUCGUCUUCCGCGAUGUUGCCUUCGACUCAAUCGAAGCGGCGCUCGGCUACUUCUCUCCCGCGGUUUCCCUCCUGGAAAUCCACGUCCCCGCGUCAACUCGCCGCUGGUCGACUGACAUGGUCGACACCGCCAGCGUCAACUCGUUGCUGCGCGCCGCCGCAAGGCUGGAGUCUGAGGAGAUCUUCCUCGACCUCUCAUCGGCCUUGAUCGGCGAUUCCUCAGUCGUCGUUCUGCCUUGCUUCCACCUCGCCAUUUCCAUCACAUUGGGCCUUUUCUCGACAUACACGUGCCGACUGGCGUCGAGUUCCCCGCGCUUGAGACAGAGUGAGAGAACGAGAGAGAGAGAGGAAGGAGCAUCUCCGGCGAGCAUCUCCGGCAACAUGGAGCUUGUCGUGGACAGCAAACGGACACACAGUAUCUACAUUGUUGCCCCUCUGCUUAAGCAGUUGACCAUGUCCUUCACCACCUCGAAGAUCAGCAUCAUCUUCGUCUUGGCACCAAUGGUGAAGAAGGUCUCGUGGAAAUGCUGCUAUUCCUAUGGGAUCCAUGCUGUUUUUGUUAUUUGGAGCCUCCAGCAGGUGACUCUACAAACGGCAGAGAGACAAGGACAGCUGCCUUCGCUGCACAUUCAUGCCUCUGCCAACUCGCCUGCUUUUAUUGAUGAAGCGGACAACGUUGCACAGGAGGUAGAGAAGCACAUGGUUGCUGCCUUCUCUGUUUUGGAGCUACAUCUCACAACAGAGGGGCAUGCUUUUGGAGCAUUGGUGUUUCAUCUCCUUGAGAUGGAUCGAAUUCGUACCAGUAUACAGAGGCUUAAGUUUGUCCUGCGCGGAACGGUGGAAGAAGGAUGCCCACCAAAUUGUAAAUGUGAGGUGCCCACAAACUGGAGGUCCGAAACUAUCUCCUUGAUUGCUCUCGAAGAAGUGGAGAUCAGUGGCUUCGAAGGAAUGGAUCAUGAAUUUGAUUUAUUGAAAUCCAUAGUUAGAUGUGCACCACUGCUUCAAAGAAUUAUUGUGAAGUUAUCACACGAGGGUUCCACAAAUAAUGAUGUGUCCGCAAAGGUAUACAACAUGUUCGGGGCGUAUUCUUCUGUGGAAUGUUGUGUUUAUCAUAGCUCUGGUGAGUAUAUGUUUGGCAUGCAUGAUUAG